AUGUUCUCUGCCAUGCUGAUGGACGCCUACCGCGACGAACGCCCUGGAAUCCGCAUCGCCUACAGAACGGACGGUCAUCUCCUGAAUCAACGGCGCAUGAACUUCCAAUCGCGUGUAUCCACAGCCACCGUUCACGAACUCCUCUUCGCCGACGACUGCGCCCUGAACACCACUUCAGAAGAGGAGAUGCAACGGAGCAUGGACCUAUUCUCCGCGGCCUGCGAGAACUUCGGGCUGGUUAUCAACACGCAGAAGACGGUGGUGAUGCAUCAGCCGCCUCCCAACUCAGCCACAGCCCCCAACGCGCCGCCGCAAAUCAACGUGAAUGGGACUCAACUGAAAGUGGUAGAGAACUUCCCGUACCUGGGCAGCACGCUCUCCCGCAACACCAAGAUCGACGACGAAGUCGCCAACAGGAUCUCGAAAGCCAGUCAAGCCUUCGGACGUCUCCAAAGCACAGUUUGGAAUCGUCAUGGACUUCAACUGAGCACAAAGCUGAAGAUGUACAAGGCCGUCAUCCUGCCGACGCUACUGUAUGGAGCGGAGACUUGGACGGUGUACACGAGGCAGGCACCUCGACUAAACCACUUCCACCUCAGCUGUCUCCGUCGAAUCCUGAGGCUGAACUGGCAGGAUCGCAUCCCCGACACUGAAGUACUGGAACGGACGGGAAUUCUGAGCAUCUACGCCAUACUGAGACAAAUGCAGCUGCGCUGGAGCGGCCACCAGGUGCGCAUGGACGACGAGCGUCUACCCAAAGGACUCUUCUACGGAGACGUCGCGACGGGCUCUCGUCGUCAAGGAGGCCAAAUUCGCCGUUACAAGGAUACUCUGAAGUCCUCCCUGAAGCGCCUGCAAAUCAACCCGACCAACUGGGAAGAGCUCGCCCGCGAUCGUCCGACAUGA